ACAUGAUCCACGGUAAUGGUAGAAGUAUAUUCACUGCCUAUGUAUGGUCAAUGACCUACUCCGCAAGCCCUAAUAAAAUGGACACAUACAGGUCAUUCCGUGGGGGCCAUUCUAAGAUAUAUACUGGGGAUAGGCUUAAUGGAGCGCAAUUAUACGAGAGUCAAAACAGCUAUCUCUCUCAGGGAUGGACGGAAACACGAUUAAGUACGAUUCUUAGUACGUAGAACCGCACCAAUUCCAGGGGCCAUAUUUCCAGGGACGCUUGGUACAGUUUCCAUAGUUUUCACAUAUCCAAGCUUUG